AUGAAGUUCCUCGUCUUUGGUGGUGGCGGCCGCAUCGCCGUCCUCUUCGCCAAGCUGGCUUCCCCCAAGCACUCUGUUACCUCUGUUGUGCGCAACAGCAAGCACGAUGCGACUCUCAAGUCGAUCGGGGCCACUCCCGAGGUCCUGGACAUUGAACACGCCACGGCGUCCCAGGUCCUCUCACUCCUCAAGAAGACCACGCCCGAUGUCAUUGUCUGGGCCGCGGCCGGAAGCGAGGGCUCUGCCGCGUCCAUGGAGGCUGUCGACCACCAAGGUGCCCGCAAGGUCUUUGACGCAGCGCGCGAGGCCAACAUGAAGCGCGUACUCGUCGUUAGCACCAUUGAUGCUCGCGACGGCAGCCUUCCGUACCCCAAGUACUACUCUGAGGGUUCCAAACUCACCUCCAAGACGUUCCAGACCGCCAUGCCCGACUACCUCAAGGCCAAGUACGCGGCCGAGGUCGCGCUGCAGGCCAGCGGGCUGGACUUUACCUGCCUCCGCCCUGGAGCUCUCACCAACCAGCCCGCCAGUGGCGCGCUGCUCGGUAUCACCGAGAUGGCCAGGGACGGCGUCACAGAAGUCAUGGACAUUGGCGACAUGGCAGCCAAGCUCCUUCCGGCGUCGCGCGAGCUCGUCGCCCAAGUUCUCCUCGCAAGCGCCGAGGAGCCCGGCACAAUCGGCCUUACCUUCCAAGUCAUGGACGGCAAGAAGACUGUUCAGGAGGAGAUUAAAAAGGUCGUGGACGAGAAGAUUGACGUCUGGAAGGCCGACUACCACUAG